AAGUGAUGGGCAUUGUGUUUUAGUUAUGGUUUUAUCUAAAAACUGAAAAAUAGCGAAGGUGUAAACAGCGAAGCAAACAUGGCGACCAUCAUUUUGUUGCAGGGCAGUGUUGGAUAUGUUUGGCCCUCGUACUAUAGUGUCUGAGAAUAUUUUGUCCUUGACCCACGGUCUGUCGUGCUAUAACGCAUUACGGACUGAAUUGGUGCUUUUAACCACCUGAUUGCAAAACUGUAGAGAAAGAUAAGCUCUUUAUUUCCCUGCUCCUGUCGGCGAGAAAAUCCAAUAUGGCGGCGUCAUCAAACGAAAGCGUGGAAAAGAAAUUUCAAAAUGUCACAAACCGGCAGGAUAGUAUCCAGUCUAUGUCUCUGUGGAUAAUACACCAUAAGAAUCAUUAUAAGAAAAUCGUGGACACGUGGUACAAAGUGCUCAAGAAAGCCAAAACUUCUCAUCGUUUAACCCUGUUCUAUUUGUGCAAUGAUGUUGUUCAAAAUUGCAAGAGGAAAGGUGCUUUGGUCUAUCAAGAUGCAUUUAAAAACAUACUCAAAGAUGCAGUAUUGUUGGUCAGGGAGCAUUCUAUCAAAGCACAGGUUGAACGUCUGAUAACUAUUUGGGAGGACAGGAAUGUAUAUGAUGCAGAGUUCCUGGCUGAACUGCAAGAACUGCUAGUCAAUUCCAAGGUGAGGGCCUCCAUGAAUUCGAAACUAUUAGCGGAAUUCAAGCCCAAGUCUCUCAUCAGUGCCAUCAGCAGUUUUAGGAGGUAUGAAGAUGAGAUCCUUUUAAAACGGAAACAGUUAACCAAUCUACGUUUGGAUGCAGCAAGUGCGGAAGCCAUACAACAACUCAAAGACCGUGCACAUGGGAAAGAGUUUUCUCAGCAGUUUGAAGAUAGCUGUGUUAAAUAUGAAGAGUAUGUGACAUGUCUAGAGAAGGAAAUUAAAGACAGGACAGCACUGAUAGAGUGUUUGGAGAAGAGUGAGAUAUUUUAUGAUGCACAGUAUGGGGAGGUGAAAAUAGUGGCCAACGCCUACAAGAACUUUUCCACCAGAGUUAACAAUGUAAAGAAAAAAUUGGCAGACAAGAAGCUCCUGCUUCCAGGCUCCAUGAGCCCGGUCCCAUCUCCCAGCAUGGACGCCCCCUCCCCAGGGAACACUCCCCCACCUGAUCCUUCCAAAGACAACACGGAGGAGGUGGACAUGGAGCUGUCUGAUGAGGAACUGGAUGCUGGGAAGAUUGUAGCUGCAGAACCUCUGAAAGUGAGCACUUCCAGCAAACCAUUGCCAGUGCCAAUACCCAAUUUCUUAGAACUAAGAAAGAAGGUGCAAAGACAAAAAGAGCAGAGACUGAAAUCAGAGACAGCCAGUACAGCACCGAUUCAGCAACCCACAGCAGCUAAACCUAGUGGAGCAUUAGACAAUAGAAUUGCUGGCAUUGGAGGAGAUAAUUUUAUCCCCGCACUGUCUGUGGCUCAGUCAGUACCAGCAGUGACUCUAAAUGGCUCCCAGAGGCCAAUCAACAACAACACCACCACCAACAGCAAAGGAGAAGAUGGAGGUGGCACUCCACUGAAGGAUGAAGGGAGUUCAACUCCUGUACAAGAUGAAGAUGCUGAUAGUAAAUCUGCCAAAGGACUCACUAAUCCUAUAGAAUUUCUCACAAAGCUAAUCAAUCAGUCACAGAAGUCCGGGAAGACAAAUGCAGCAAGUUUUAUGCAGAACCUGUCUCUGCUUACUCAGAACAUACAAGCCAAAGUGGAGCCAACUGCUGGUGGGCAGCCCAAAGGAGAAGAGAGUAAUUCUAGUACCGAGGACUUUUCUGGGCCCAGUUCAUGGCCCUGGGAGGCUAAGCAGCAGCAAGUGCCACCUCCUGCGUCUGUACCAGGGCUCUCAGUGUCUGCACCUGGGAAUGUUCUACUGCAGAAUACAGCUGUCACACCCCCUGGAGCUCAGAUUACUUCAACAGCUCGACCUUUUCCAGGACCUGGACCCCAAGGUGUCAGUCAACCCCCUCCUAUGCCUAUGGGAGGCCCUAUCCCUUCUGUUGGUCAUAAUAAUCCACCACCUACAAGUUUUCCUUCUCACAUGCCCCCAAAUUCUGCUCCUAUUCAGCCUCGUGGACAGCCAGCUUUUAGCACACCGCCUAAUUUCCAACAGCCACCACGUCAACCUCCUCCUCCUCAAGGGGGGUUUCAAGGGGCUCCCCGCUUUCAGCCUCAGCAACCUCCUCCUCAACGGCAACAGCAGCAGCAGCCCCCACCGCUGCAGCAGCCCCCCUUACGCCCCCUCUCCAUGCCACCCUCUGGACCCUUGCCCAUGUUCCAAAAUCAGCAGUCCACAUCUCCUGUAAUCCCAGGUUUUGAUUUCACCCAACCGCCACCACCUUUUCAGCCCACAUCACCUCAGGUAUCUGGGCCUUCCCGUUUCCCCCCUCCGCAGCAGCAACAGCAGCAGCAACAACAACAGCAACAGCAGAUGUUCGGAGGUCCACCCCCUGCUGGUCCCCCAGUGCCCUCCUUGCAGCAGCCUCAGGCACCCCCUCCCCAGCCCCCAGGUGGUAAUAUUACCCGGAGCUCCAGUCUGGUUGUUAUAUCACCUACCGAGUCUGCCCCUGUGUCUUCGAAUGUCCUCAUGUCGCCGUCACGGGAUUUCUCAUGGCCAGGGCCAGAAUCUACUCCUGUCAAUUCUACUUCACCCUCCUGGCUGACUUCCUCUUCGGCUCCACCCCAAAACGUACCCCCUCCGCUAGGUGUACCCCCACCCCAGCCCCCCAACCACCCCCCAACAAUGCCCCCUAAAAGGGAUCCCAUCUCCGAAGAGCAAAAUGAAUUUAUUGAAAAGCUGAAAAGGAAAACGACGCCAACUCUUCUGACAGGUGCAGCUGAGAAUCCACUUGCUAAGGCAAUAAAAGCGUUACUGAAGACGCCGUCUGACAAAUCUGAACACAAUAAUACAGAUUCGUCAAAGGACGUUAAAAAGAGAAACAGUGUUGACUCUGAUCACAGUUCUAAAGGUAGUGACGAAAAUGACAAAGACCGCUCCUCGAAGCGGCGGAAGAGCAGCACGGAAAACGAGCACAAAUCGCGAUCUCGAUCAAAAUCUCCCAAAGGAGAACCGAUUCAAACACUAAGCAAAGGACCACAGUCGGUGGUGAAAAGAGUAGAUUCGUCCGACUCUAACAGAGAUAGAGACUCGCCUCCAAGAAGAAUAGAGUCGACGGUGAGGCGGACGACAGAUCACGACAAAGACCGGGAUAGGGAACGGGAUCGGAGACUUCCGCCGAGGGAUCCUUAUCACGACAGACGGGACCCUUACUACGAUCGCCGUCUACCGCCUCCCCCGGACCCAUACUACAGAGAACUGUAUUAUGAACGCAUGCGACAUUUCUAUCCGCCGCCUGCGAUGAGAGACCCCUACAGGGACAGGAGGGCUUAUUAUCCUCCCAGACAUUAGAUGACUUCUUCAUUAAGUGCAACCCCUGAAAGGGUUGCUUCACGCGGGUUCUUUUUUUAUUGAGGUAUAAAAUGAAGUAAUUUUUUUAUGGUUAUGAUGAUUAUUUUACAUUUAUCAAAUCUUGCUAAAGACGUGCAAGGCGAAUUGUUAAUGUUAAUUGAAAAAUGAAUUUCAAGUGAUUCGUAUGGAAUGUGAUCAGCUAAAAGGGUUAUUGUGACACUACCGAGUAUUUUAAAAAGAUAACUCGCUAUACGAAUUGGAUGUUUAUUCAUGACAUGUAUAAUGUGAUUGACAACAAACGUGCAAGUGUUGGUGGACGGGAGGUUAUCUUCAAACUAUUUUGGGGAUUUUUCGAUUUCAAAUCGUCGUAAAUGGACAAACGUUGCUCUUGUAUGUUCUGAACUAUUAAAACGCAUUCAAUGAUUGUGACCUGUUUGUAAGAUAAAUGUUUAAAUUAGAACUUGGGUCUAGGAGGCCACAUGCAGCAUGGCUUCUGUAAUUAUACUGUAAAUUAGAAUAAAAUACAAAUUCAAAGGAA